AUGGAUGUAUAUCAUUUGCAGAUUAUAGCUCUGUUAAUUGGUCAAGAAGCAGUGGUUUCCAGGGUUAACGCAAAUGCCAUAACCUCAAACGGCUUUACGCCGAAGGAUGUCCUAGAUCUUCUGCUCCAAAGUGGAGGUGAUUUGUAUGAUAUUCAUAUUUAUCAGAUGUUUCAGCAAGCUGGAGCUGUGAAAGCCCAAGAAAUCACAACAGGCCCUGCUCAUAUCCAAACCAAAGCAGAAAGCCUUAACAACGAGCAAAUAUUGCGAUCUUGUUGUUCAUGGAACCUAUGGAAGGAACUGAUGAAAGAGGUUACGGAAUCAUCAAGUGAAACUAAAAACUCAUUAAUGGUUGUGCCAGUCCUGAUAGCAACGAUCACAUACCAAGCAAUUCUGAGCCCACCAAGUGGUUUUUGGUUAGCAGAGAGUAAAAAUUCUACGACCGUCGGCACCCACGUCGUUCAGAAGAGAUCUAGAACCAUGACACUCGGAGAGGCUGUCAUGAGUAAAAACCCUCCAAUCUUUUCUGUGUUCAUCGGUUUUAAUUCAAUUGGUUUCAUUGCAUCAGUUGCCAUGACCUUUCUCCUCACCAGUGGAUUCCCUCUUAGCAGGGGCUUUCGGCUGGCCAUGUUUUCAAUGAUUGCUACUUACGUCGUAGCUAUUAGCUAUAUACGUCCAACGAAAAUAAGUGAUCUAUGUAACACGGUCACUGUGAUGGGAAUUCGAUUUCUUGAGGAGUUUGCACGGUUUACCAUACGGUUGUUCAAGAAAUGGAGAGUUGGUCCAGAUACAAGGCGAAAGCAUUGGAGACGAACGGAAAUCGACUUGGAAUUCAGAAUGUGGCUCCUCUUUGUACCAUGA